AUGUCCAACCCACCCCACGGCGGCGUCCUCAAGGACCUGAUCGCUCGCGAUCUCCCUCGCCAUGCUGAGCUCGAGGCUGAGGCAGAGACUCUUCCCGCUCUGCUCCUCUCCGAGCGUCAGCUUUGCGAUCUUGAGUUGAUCCUCAACGGUGGUUUCUCUCCUCUUGAAGGUUUCAUGAACCAGGAAGACUACAAUGGCGUCGUCAAGGAGAACCGCCUCGCUUCCGGCCUCCUCUUCUCCAUGCCCAUCACCCUCGAUGUGUCUGAAGAAACCAUCUCCGAACUCGGCCUCAAGGCCGGCGCCCGCAUCACCCUGCGCGAUUUCCGCGACGACCGCAACCUCGCCAUCCUGACGGUCGAUGAUGUCUACAAGCCUGACAAGGCUCUCGAGGCUAAGGAGGUCUUUGGAGGAGACGAGGAGCACCCUGCUGUCAAGUUCCUCUACGAGACUGCCAAGGAGUACUAUGUGGGCGGCAAGCUUGAGGCUGUCAACAAGCUCCAGCACUACGACUUUGUCGACCUCAGAUACUCUCCCGCGGAGAUCCGCACCCACUUCGACAAGCUCGGCUGGUCCCGAGUCGUCGCCUUCCAGACCCGUAACCCCAUGCACCGCGCCCACAGAGAGUUGACCGUCCGCGCUGCCCGUUCGCACCAUGCCAACGUUCUCAUCCACCCCGUCGUCGGCUUGACCAAGCCUGGUGACAUUGAUCACUUCACCCGUGUCCGCGUCUACAAGGCUCUCCUCCCCAGAUACCCCAAUGGCAUGGCCGUCCUCGGUCUCCUCCCCCUUGCCAUGCGCAUGGGCGGUCCCCGCGAGGCCAUCUGGCACGCUAUCAUCCGCAAGAACCACGGUGCGACCCACUUCAUCGUCGGCCGUGACCACGCCGGUCCCGGCAAGAACAGCAAGGGUGUCGACUUCUACGGCCCUUACGAUGCCCAGUACGCCGUCGAGAAGUACCGUGACGAGCUCGGCAUUGAGGUCGUUCCCUUCCAGAUGAUGACCUACCUCCCCGAUAGUGAUGAGUACGCCCCCGUUGAUGAGAUUCCCAAGGGUGUCCGUACCCUCAAUAUCUCCGGAACCGAGUUGCGCGCUCGCCUUCGCAGCGGCCGCGAGAUUCCCGAGUGGUUCUCUUACCCCGAGGUCGUCAAGGUGCUGCGCGAGUCGCACCCUCCCCGCUCCCAGCAGGGCUUCACCGUUCUCUUUACCGGCUACCCCAACUCAGGCAAGGAUCAGAUCGCCCGUGCUCUGCAGGUAACGCUCAACCAGCAGGGCGGUCGUUCCGUCUCCUUGUUCCUCGGCGAGAACAUUCGCCACGAGCUGUCUUCCGAGCUGGGCUACAACCGCGAGGACCGCGAUAAGAACAUUGCUCGCAUCGCCUUUGUUGCUUCUGAGCUGACCAGGUCCGGUGCCGCUGUUAUCGCCGCUCCCAUUGCCCCCUUCGAGAAGGCCCGCCAGAGCGCCCGCCAGUUGGUUGAGAAGUACGGCGAUUUCUACCUCGUGCACGUCGCCACUCCCCUCGAGCACUGCGAGAAGACCGACAAGAGAGGCAUCUACGCCAAGGCCCGCGCCGGCGAGAUCGAGAAUUUCACCGGUGUUAACGACCCGUAUGAGACACCCGUCAAGGCCGACCUUACCGUCGACUGCGAGAAGCAAUCCGUGCGCUCCAUUGUCCACCAGAUCGUUCUCCUGUUGGAGAGCCAGGGUCUCCUCGAUCGUUUCUAA